AUGGAAGAAACGACGUCUGACGAUGAGCCGAUCUCAUCGAAAGGAGAGCCGAUUGAAGUGGAGUUCGUAAUCAAGACACCAGAGUAUUGUGUCGAUAAAGUUAGUUUAUUACCGAGUAAAAGUGAGUCUCUAGUUGGAACGUUCAGGAAAUCCGCAUGAUAAUCCCGAUUCCGCUUCCUAAAUUCACCUACCUCGACGAUUGGAUGAGGAGAUUGGUCUCAAAGCCAUCUGGGAAAUUCCUACCGUACGACGGUCCGGUUCCUCUUCAAAAUAAAAAUAAAAACGAUUCAUGUUUUCAGAAUCGAAGAAGAUUCUUCAGACGUUUAUAUAUAAAAAGACUGACGAGUACCAACGUCAACGUAUGAAAUUACGACUUGAAAAUGCUUUGAAAAGGAGCAAGGAGACAGGAACUCCGCUGGUAGGAAAUCUUGUUUUUUUCUCAAAAAUGUUUAACUUUUUCAGUUCUUUUUUUCAGUAUCAAGUUCCUAAAAGGUCAGCGCCUCGUCCGGUAAGAGGGUCGCGUUUCGAAGAAAAGUUCCAGUUCGUGGUCGAAAAGGGUUCAAGCGAGAACUUGCUCACUUUGAUGCGGAUGGAAGUGUUCAUGAAGAAGCAGAUGAGUGACAUGAUCCGAGCGAGAAACUGGGAAGUUGAUCAGUUAUCAAAGCAGUGCGAGAAGCUCGUCGCAGAGACCAGAAACGCCGACAUGCAUCCGCACAAGAUCAGCAUGCUCAACGAAAAACUGCGGCAAGUUCACACUACCUACUCUUUCCAAAUCACGGAUUUGUGCGAAUCGCAAAGAUUCAAGUACCGCAAGGCGGUCGAAUCGCUGUACGCGAGAGGAAGCAUCCCGGCCGAGCUCAUCGAUGAAGUCGUGCUCGAAGAGCAGCCGAUCCCUCGGGCACUAGCAGCAAUCACGGGCGGACUGGCAGACGGGGUUAAUGAGAGCUUCACGAUUUAUAUCGGUGGGUUUUCCCUUUCUCUUUUUCACACAUGCCCCCGCCAUGAAACUGAUCAUGAACCGAGAGGGAGGGAGCGGGCGGAAGCGCUGCAGCAGCUGCUCCUCGUAACCUGAGUGAGAGGAGAGGGAGAGGGAGCGAGACAAAGAUUCCGAGUGGAAGCCGCCUUUUUAUCGUCUCGGAACUAUGCGCUCGUGUGUAUUUUUGCAAUGGCACUCACUCAUCGCCAGCUGCGAGAAAAAAGUUAGCCUGUUAUUGUAAACAACGCAAAACAGCUUGGUGUUGUUUCGGGUUUCGUUUCGCAAUGAUCCAUUUAUUCACGACAUCAAUCUUCGCAAAGCUAUAGGAUCGCAGCUGAAGACGAUGCACAACGUCUGCCUCAUGACGGUCGACCGCUUAACCGAUGUGUGCCAGACCGCAGAAGGCGACUGGACGACGUGGAGCCGACUCGAGAUGGCCACCAAGUUGUACGGAAGAAAUCUGAGCGCGACGACGCUGCUGGUUCCACGCGACCCCCUUCAUCACAUCAAAGCCUCAUCGGAUUUCGCAAACAUUUGCGAGCAGUCCACGGAGUUGCACUUUAACAAUUUCAGCGAUCAGCUCAAUCAAAUAUCGAAAGACGUAAGGCAUUCUCAGACCAAUCUUCCGUAAAUAAAAAGGUUUACAGAGACGAGAGAGCAACACUCAACUCGCUGACCAGCUCGAACAAGAGAUGGCGGAGCUGAAAUUGGAAGGAAAACCGCCGUCGGAACAGCCGAUUCCUCCGAGCGCUCUCCGUCACGAUUCUUCGUUCCAUGUUGGCGAAGUGUACGUGACAAAGCAUUCGAACCUGCACAAAGUGCAAAUCGUCUAUCACCUCGUCGUCGACGACAUUCUCCAAUCCGCCGAAAUCAACAGCCGUCACCCGUGUUUGGAAGGCAUUCGCUCCAUUUUCCGAACGUCGGCCGGCUUCAGCACGUACACCAUUCAUAUUCCGCUCCUUUUGAUUGAUAGACCGGAUGAGGUGAGUCAGAGACGAAAGAGAGACGCAGAUGAAAAUCAAUCAUUUCCUUUCUUCCAGAGCACAACAAUUGCGUGGUGUCUGAAGCGAGCCGAGAUGCUGUUCAAAUGUGUCAAAGGAUACCUGAUGGAGGUGAGUUUGACGUCAGCCACCUCCGUUUUACAUUUCAGCAACAUUUCAGGUGUGCAGUGGAAUCGACACGGCCGCUCUGCCCCACUACAACGUGCAUUUUGUGCUGCCCACCGGCCUCUCUCGCACAAUCUAUACGGCGAUAUCCAACAUGUUCCCGGGAAUCUUCCAAUUGGUGCCGGGAGUAUCCUCAUGA